AUGCUUCGGUGGAAGAAGAGGAUGGCUGCAUGCUCUGAAUUUUCUGGCAUGGAUCUGUGUGAGGAUUACAAAUCGCCCUUCGAUUUCAAUGCUGGAGUGAACAGAAACUAUCUUUACCUGUCACCUAGCAUAAACCUUUCUCCACCUGGAUCACCUACACUGGCAAAGUCUGGGCUGCUGAGAAGUGACUCUAUACCUGAGGUUGGAGAGGAUGCUGCUGCUACAGUUGGUAUGGCAGAAACACUCUCAGAAGAAGAACAGGAUGAGCUAAGAAAAGAGCUUGCUAAGGUGGAAGAGGAAAUCCAGACGCUCUCACAAGUGCUAGCUGCCAAAGAGAAGCAUCUAGCAGAAAUCAAGAGAAAGCUGGGAAUUAACUCAUUACAGGAACUAAGGCAGAACAUUACCAAAAGCUGGCAAGAUGUUACAUCAACCACAGCAUACAAGAAAACAUCAGAAACCCUGUCUCAGGCUGGUCAGAAGGCUUCUGCUGCUUUUUCAUCUGUUGGUUCAGUCAUAACCAAGAAGUUUGAAGAUGUCAGACUACAGGCAUUUUCACAUUCCUUUAGUAUACGCUCCAUACAACAUUCAAUUAGCAUGCCUAUUAUGAGAAAUUCUCCUACUUUCAAAUCCUUUGAGGAAAAAGUUGAAAACUUAAAGUCUAAAGUUGGAGGAAGCAAACCUGCUGGGGGAGAUUUUGGAGAAGUUCUCAACUCUGCUGCCAAUGCCAGUGCCACAGAAACGAUUGCAGAACAGGCACAGGAGGAGACCCACUGAGAUUCCUGCCUCUGUCCUGCUACCCACUGCCAGAUGCUGCAAGCAAAAACUAAGCACACUUGUAACAUUCUUUGCGCUCUUUCCACCUGAUGUGCUUUUAUUUAGCACCUAGUUAUUUUACCAGAUUAACUGAUACCAAGCUUGUUUGUGGGUUCAAAAUAUUUUUGAAACUAAAAUACAUUGUUUGGGGUUUUGUGUGGGAAGGGGAAUUUUUAUGCCUUUCAAACAUUUAAAGGACUUACCUGUAAUUUGAAGGCAACCUUUAAAAUAUAGCAAUGAAAAAAACCUCUUUUGAGAAGUUAAUUAUACUGUACAUAUACUGUGGAUACAUAAUUUCUUUUGAAUCUGUAACCACUGCUCAACUUAAUUGUUAUGAAUCUACUGCUGCUGCCUAACUGAACCUUGUUCCUUCACUCCAUUGUGAUUAUUUCAGUUAAGGGUUGCCUGCCCGGGACACCGGCCUAGGAGGAUCGCUCCCAGCUAAAGAAAGGACUUCUGCUUCAGCAGGCUUUAAACAAGUUAUUCAUUGCAGGAUUACACAUGGGUAGGAACAUACUGUCUUAACGAGCAUGUUCCUCAUAUGACAGAUGUGGAUAGAGUAAUACAUAACAUCUAAAACUUACUGAUUUGUCUGUGGAUUAUCCACCUAGGAAACUUCUGACCAUUGCAAAUGGAAGCAAGAUGCCUUGAAGUGCUGGUUUGGUUCAGUUACAAUAACAUUUUCAGUCUUGUUUUUUGUACAUGAUGUUAAUGUGGUAAGAAACACUCCUCUGAACUUUUGGUCAGUUGUGAAUAGAUUCAUCUUAAUUCACACAUGGUGGUGUCACAUUUACACUAAGCAAGCAUGGACUGUAAGAAUAAGCCUGAGCACGAAAGUGGUUCUUUUUUAGCCAUCAGGAGAAUUGCUCUCAAAUGCUAACGUUGUUUCCCUUGUAGGCUGACCAUCGAAAACGUCCGCUACACUGUUUUAUUUUUUUAUGUGUUAAAGGCCUGUACCACUAGCCCCCCUAUUCCUGUUUAAGAGCCCAGAAAUCUGUCUUGAGAGGUGUACAGUGUCAUAUUGCAGCAUAGCUCUCUUACAAGAUCUCUUCUCCUACAUGUUGCUUUAUCUGAUGCACUCUUCAGAUUUCCUGUAUUUUGUAUGUUUCUGGCACAUGGUGUCGGUAUGGUUAGAACUUUUGGCAAGUGUUUUAUCACCGUGCUUAGAACUGGAAACAAGUUUUGAAACAUUUGUGUGAAAUCCAUGAAACUUCAGCUGCCACAGAUGUCUGGAGGAAAAAAAGUUGGCUCCUGACAACCUUGUUAGCAUGUCAGAUGUAGUAUAUAUGCUUAAUUACAUGUGAGAAGCUUAAUAAAAACCUGUGUGAGGAAUGUGUUG